UGAAUAGAAUGUUCAGUUAAAGAGAAAGAGAGAGAAAAUGGCAGCAAAUAAUGAUUUCUACGAUGAAGUGAGAAAAUCGCGAAACUUUACCGGAAAAGUAGUAUUGGUUACGGGAUCGGGUGGUGGUAUCGGUGCUUCAAUUGUCAAAUUAUAUUCAUCACUGGGAGCUAAUGUUGUGAUCACCAGUAGAAAAGCAGACGCUGUUCACAAAGUGGCUGUCGAUGCACAACAACUGUCACCUAAAAAACUAGAACCAUUAAAAGUAAUCGCAGAUCUAACCAAAAGUGAUGAAUUGAAACAAUUGUUGAAUAAAACUAUCGAAACAUUUGGUAAAAUAGAUAUUUUGGUCAACAAUGCCGCGAGUCUAUCACUCGCUUAUAUAACUGAUCCUAAAUUUAUUGAUAAACUCAAGUCAACCGAAACACUUGAUAUUAAUGCUACACUAGAGCUAACACAACUGGCCAUACCUUAUCUGGAGAAAACCAAUGGCAAUAUUAUUAUGAUUUCAUCAACAAUUACUCAAAGACCGUUUAAAGGUUACUUUAAUCAUAUUAUUGCUAAAAAUGCAUUGGAAAAUGCUACCAAGGUACUAUCAAUUGAAUUGGGUAAUAAAGGCAUAAGAGUUAACUCAGUCAGUCCCGGUUUUAUUAAUUCAAAACCAUCAGUAACUGAGCCAACAAUUAUUAAAAUGCUUAAUAUGGCAGCAAAUAGGACUCCAUUGGGCAGAAUAGGCGAUCCACAAGAUAUUGCCUCAGCUGUGGUAUUCCUGAGCUCAUCGGACGCCCGAUUCAUAACCGGACAUAAUCUGGUUGUCGACGGCGGACUUAAAUACAAUAUGGACUCUGAUUUUAUGGAAAGUUAUGAUUUAGAUAAAUUAUCAGAGUAA